AUGUCUGACCAAGAACAACCUCCCACUCCUACCCCAGACUCAACAACCACAACACCCAACAAGCCGAAGCGUGCCCCUCCCAAGCUAGGCAAAAAGUCACCGAAGCAAGAACAAACCCCUCCAGCUUCGGAACAAGACCAAGACCAAGACAAACCCAACGAGCAAGAGCAAGAAGACCAGCCCAAACAACAAGAACCGGACUCAGAGCCUGAGCCCGAACAAGAACAAGAAGAAGAAGAGGAAGAGCCUGAACCUGAACCUCAACCCAAGCCCGAACGACGUCGUCGCAGACCUCGUCCCCGCCCAGAAUCAGAUACUGAAUCCGUGCCCCGCGAAAUGGAACCCGAACCACCCAGACCCCGUCGUGUUCGUCGCCAGCGUCGCCCAGAGCAGCAACAAAAUGGCCCACUCGGCGGACUCCCCGGUGUUGGCGGUGCCGAUCAGGCCGGUCAGCUCGUGCAGAAUACAGCCGGUAAUGCCUUGAACGGUGUUACUGGUAGUGCGGGCAAGGCUGUUGGCGGGAUUCUGAAUGGUGGCGAGGAGAAGAAAGAGGACGAUGGUGGUCGUGAUGAACAGCUUCGUUUGCGAUUGGACCUUAAUCUGGAUAUUGAGGUUCAACUCAAGGCGAAGAUUCAUGGUGAUUUGACGAUUGGUUUGCUUAAUUAA